AUGGUAAAUAAGAGAAUUUUACUUUAUCCCCAAUAUCAUUCCAAAAUUUUUCUAAAUUUUUUAAAGAGUUCCUCAAUUAAAUUCGGAGAGGAAAACGAAGGUAGCGGAAUACCUUAUUAUGGAAGUGGAAGUAUUCUCCGAACUUUGGGGACAGAACGCCGAGCAAUGCAUGGAUAUGGAAAUGGAACACGUAAUAUAAAUGUUGGAGGCAAAAAAUAUACGGUUCGUAGAAGUGAUAUGUUGGCAGAUCCUAGAAGUAAAUUAGCCGAUUGGUUUAGACCAGGAGCUGUUCGUUUAAUUUCAACAGAUAGAGCAGGAAAUGUUUUUAUUGAUUCUGAUUCAAAAACUUUUAGACAUAUUUUGGCUUAUUUGAGGUUUAAAAAGGAGAGAUUUGUUGGGUCUUUAGCACUUCCUUCACUCCCAGAUGAAUUAGCUAAAUUAGUAGGGGAAUGUGAAGCUUUAAAUUUGGCAGAAUUAAAAGAAAUUGCUUUAGAAAUGUUAAAUAAAUAUUUAAGAAUGGAGGAGCAACAUUAUAUGGCUUCUUAUGUUCAAAUGACUUUGCGUGAUUUAGAAGCUUGGCAAUUUGAAAAGGAGCAGCAAUCAAGUAUUUCUGAAAGUAAAAGUCCAAUACCACAACAAGAACGGCAACAAAUUUUAAAUAAUAAAGCUGACAAGAAGCCAGUUAGAGAACAUUCAUAUGAUGAAUGGGAUAAUAUUUAA